AUGGGUUUAUCUGUCUCACAGUCUAUCCUUAUCAUCGUUGUGAGCUGCUUGUUGAUCGCUUUCUUCUCCACACUUAUUGCUUGGGUUGGAUUGAAGUGGCACAUUGGCUUCACAGUACAGAACAGGUAUAGUUGGGGAAUGCGCGGGAGUUUCAUACCUUUGUCGCAGAGAAUCCUGCUCAAUUUCAUAUGGAACGCCGUUCAGUGUUGGAAUGGAGGCCGUCUAGUCGCUGUGUGCUUAACCGCGAUCUGGCCUUCGUAUGCCCGUAUGCCGAACACGUUUAGCCCCAACUUCCCUGCUACCACCGACCAGUUUGUGGGAUUCGUAGUCUUCUGGUUCAUAUCGACACCUUUCUUGUGGCUGCGACCGGAGAAGUUCAAGAUACCGUUCCUCAUAGUCUGCCUCUGGUGCGGCAUCGGAAUGUUAGCAUGGAUGAUCUGGGCAGUGACGACUGCUAAAGGUGUAGGCCCUCUAUGGAAUGCCGGCGAAAACAUUCCCUCGGGUUCCGCCUGGGGUACCUCUUGGCUCAUCAUGGCUGGCAUCAAUCAGAGUCUUGGUGGCAUUGCUGCGGGUAUCACAAACGGCAGCGACUUCUCACGCUAUUCUCGUGGAAGAACACCCUACAUGGUCGGUACUAUCACUAGCUGUGUGAUCACCAGCGUCAUCGUCUCUCUAGUUGGUCUUGUUACAACUGCAUCAGGACAAAAGUUGUAUGGAGAAAUCUAUUGGAACCCACCGGAUCUACUCAUGCGCAUGAUGGACAACGGUAACGGCUCAUCGAAGGCACGUGCGGGGGUAUUCUUCCUGGCUGCAGGUUUCGCAUUUACCGCAAUGUUCGAGAACAUUUGCGGAAAUGCUGUCUCCGGUGGUAUCGAUCUUGCUGGCCUUUUCCCACGUUACAUCAACAUACGACGUGGUGCCAUAAUUACGUUUGUGGCGGCAUGGGUCGUUCAACCCUGGCAGCUCAUCAACCGUGCCACUACAUUUAUCGCCGUACUGUCUUCCUUCUCGGUCUUUCUAGCACCAAUCAUCGGCAUAAUGGCAUGCGACUACUUCCUUUUGCGAAAGAGAAGGAUCCGCUUGAGUCAUUUAUAUCGAACUGAAAACUCGUCGUAUUGGUUCACCAAAGGUUUCAAUUGGCGGGCGAUACCCUCAUGGCUAUGUGGAUGGAUCCCGACGAUUGGGGGUCUUAUAGUGACAGUAAGAGGAGAUGUCGAUCCACCACGGGCUUUGGUACAGCUCUACAAUAUGGCUUUCUUCAUAGGAUUCUUCAUCAGCGCUUUCGUCUUCUAUGUCCUCAACAAGAUCUUCCCAGUUCUAGAUAUGGACCAGAUCGAUCCUAUCGAUCUAUACGGUACCUUCACAGAAGCGGAGGCAAAGCGAGCUGGUGUAGCUCCGCUAGACGACAGCCCUAUUCUGAGAGGGGUAUCUGGGCGAAGAUCGACCGAGCAUGUUGUCAUUCAUGCAGAGAAGGAUGUGUGA